AUGGCAGCAGCGGCCGGAGCCACAUUCGACGGCUCCAUUUCGUUGCCAGGCUGCCCUGACAAGCACGGCGACGUGCCCAUCCCAUACCCCUUCAGCAUUGGGGUAGACUGCGGCGCGAGCAGCCGGAACAGCUCCUUCAACCUCAUCUGCAACGGCAAAACCGAUCCACCACGGCUAAUGGUUGGUCAUCCCGAAGCAGUAGCUGAGCUCGCAGACAUCUCACUGGAGCACAGCGAGAUGCGCGUGCUCAGCCCUGUCAGCCACAUCUGCUUCAAGUCAAACAUCACAUUCACCAAGUUCACCAGAGGGUAUGAAAUGCAGGACACACCCUUCCUCCCCUCCCCAUGGCGCAACCACUUCAUAGUCAUCGGCUGUAACACCCUGGGGCUCAUCGGCAGUUACAAGGGCGCCGCAAGCCAGUACGUGGCGGGCUGGUACUCCUACUGCGAUGGUGUCAACAACACGUCGGAUGGCGCACCAUGUGCUGGGAUGGGCUGCUGCGAGGCUGCCAUCCCAGCCAACCUCACCACCUUUGAGGUCAUUUCUGAGAUGAACCAGAGCAAGGUAUGGGGCUUCAACCUGUGCUUCUACACCAUAGUGGCCGAGGUUGGGUGGUACAAUUUCAGGCAGCAGGACCUCAUCGGCAGCCUUGGGUUUAUCAAUGAUCGAGCCCUGGGGGGUGUUGCCAAGAAUGGCUCAUGCCCAGAGGAGGGGAAGGACACACCUAAUGACUGCGCCUGCAUCUGUGCAAACAGCCACUGCAUGGCUACAAACAAUGGUCCAGGGUACUUAUGCCAGUGCUCCAAAGGAUAUGAGGGAAAUCCUUAUCUUCUGAAUGGCUGCCAAGACACAGAUGAGUGUGCAUUGCGUAAGCAGGACCCCAAGUAUGAAGAUUUGUAUCCGUGCAGAAAAGGGGUCUGCCACAACACACCAGGAAGCUAUUUAUGCAAAUGCAAGACAGGAAAUAGAUCUGGCGGUACAAAUUUUCGGUGCAAAUCUCUGCAUUCACCAACUGAGAAAUUGGUUAUUGGCCUCAGUGUUUAUGUUUCUGCAACUGUGGUGAUGGCCUUCACAUGCAUGUUGCUCAUGCAAUUUCAAAGAAAAAGGCACAAGAGGGAGAACGAUGAGUAUUUCAAACAAAAUGGAGGUCUCAAGUUAUAUGAUGAGAUGAGGUCAAGGCAUGUCGACACAAUCCGCAUACUUACAGAGAAAGAGACAAAUAGAGCCACCGACAACUACAAUGAAAAUCGAGUUAUUGGAUGUGGUGAUCAUGGUGUGUCGACAGUCAUGGUGAUCUUCAUAGCAAGCAUCUUCUUCCCAGCAGUGGGAACACUUGCCGGAGCCUCUUCUGGACGGUCCACAUUGUUGCCAGAUUGCCCUGACAAGUGCGGCAACGUAUCCAUCCCAUACCCCUUCGGGAUUGGCGCGCACUGUGCUGCAAUCAGCCUGAACAGCUACUUCAACCUCGAUUGUGACAGCACGGUCGAUCCACCAAGGCCAACUGCCGGUGGUUCAGAAGAUACAGUUGAGAUCGCCGACAUCUCACUGAAGCAUGGCGAGAUGCGCGUAUACAGCCCCGUCAACCACAUAUGUUUCACCUCGAACACCACAUUCACCAAGUUCACCACAUGGUACGAUCUGAAGCACACGCCCUUCCUCCCGUCACCGUCACGCAACCAUUUCACAGUCAUUGGCUGUGACACCCUAGGGCUCAUCACCGGCUACAAAGAAACCGCAGGCCAGUAUGUGACUGGCUGCUACUCGAACUGCGAGGGCAUCAACAGCACGUCUGAGGGCGCGCCAUGCGCUGGGAUGGGCUGCUGUGAGGUUGCCAUCCCCACCAAUCUCAUCUCCUUGGAGAUCAUAUUUGAGAUGAAGCAGAGCAGGGUAUCAAACUUCAACCCAUGCUUCUACUCCAUGGUGGCUGAGAUUGGGUGGUGCACCUUCAGGCAGCAGGACCUCAACGGCGUACUUGGGUUCAUCGAUGGUCGAGCGAAGAGGGGUGCCCCCGUUGUCGUCGACUGGGCCAUUAGGAAUGGUUCAUGCCCACAGAAGGGGAAUGCCACACCUACUGACUAUGCUUGCAUCAGUGCAAACAGCUAUUGCAUGGCCCCUAACAAUGGUCCAGGAUACUUAUGCCAGUGCUCUGGAGGAUAUGAGGGCAAUCCUUAUCUUCUUAACGGCUGUCAAGGUUGAGUAUUUACUUUACUUCAACUUUUGUAGAUUUCCAUGGAUACUACACUAAAUACUGAUGGAACUAUAAACAAUAUCCAAUGUUAGUUAAGCCGAGAUAAACUUUCAUAAAACAUCUAUAUGAAGACUUUCCAACAUGUGGGUUGCGAUUUUUACCUAAUGUAGCUUUGAUUUCCGC